UUUCAAAAUCACUUCGGAGAUAAAUGAAAAACGGAAAAAAACUCCCCCUUUCUUCUACGCUCACACAAAACAAAUGGCUGAAACCCUGAGCCCGAACCCUAAGCAGAGGGGACCCUUCUCUCCUUCAAGCCCCUUCUUCUUGGGCUCCAACGAUGACAAACUGGAACGCGCUCAGGCACGCGCCGCUCGGGCCGCCGCCGUGCGCCGGAAACCUGCCGCCCCUACGACAGCCACUUCUCCCAAGGCUGAUCCAUUGCUUGGAAAAGAACAGAUCCUCGAAUUGUUUCAGAAUUGCAUCAAACUUGCCAGCGAAAACAAAAUUAACCAGAAGAACACGUGGGAGCUGAAUUUGAUAGAUCAUCUUUACGAGAUUAUUAGAGUCGACGAAGAGAAUGAUGUAGAAACCAAUUUUCAGAAGGCAAGUUGUACCCUUGAAGCUGGAGUUAAGAUUUAUUCAAUGAGGGUGGAUUCAGUUCAUUCAGAAGCAUAUAAGGUUCUUGGAGGAAUUAAUCGUGUUGGGCAAGAGGAUGAACAAGAUAGUUUCGUGGAGAAUGCCAAUAUUGAAAAUGCGCAAGAGGAAGGCCACUCAAAGAAAGAGCGAGAAAGAAAGUUGUCACCAUUGUCCACACUGGAAUCAUCUUUCGAGGCUCUAAAUGUGAAGAAGUUUGAUGUUGCAUUUGUGGUGGAUCCUCUCUACCAUCAGACAUCUGCACAGUUCGAUGAAGGUGGAGCAAAGGGUCUUUUGCUAAACAAUCUUGGAGUGUAUGGUAAUUGCCGAGUGUUAUUUGAUUCUCUGGAAGUACCUGGGAGGUGUUCCUCUUUUGAGGCUCAAGGUGAUGGAGCUGAGGCAAUUGAUAUAUCUUUUUUCUGUUUGAAGACGAGUGCUAACCCUUUGUCGUGGUUAGAUGAAGUAAGUCCACAAAGAGAUGACUAUGGAGAAAUGCCAUCAUGGGAUGAUGAAGGUGGUUUUGGAGGCACGUUUGAUGAUGGAAUUUCUUAUAGUGAUGCUGAUGAGUCAAGCACUUUGGUCUCUCAACCUCGACAGGUUAGUAAGAUUGAAGUUCAGUUUGAUAAAACAUCCAAACAAGUUGAUGUUCACUUACUUAAAGAAACCCUGUGGGGCCAUAUGCAGAAAUUCAAUGAAACUUCAAUUCAGGAAGAAACAGUGUCUUUCAGGCAAGUCUUAGCCAAUUUCCCAGAUGAGUGUAAAGAAGCAGCAGCAGCAGCAUCUGUUAACGACAUAUCUCCACAUUUGUGCUUCAUAUGCCUAUUGCAUCUAGCUAAUGAGCACGGAUUGUCAAUUCAUGGCUGUCCCAGCUUGGAUGAUCUCACCAUACAACUUAAAUGACAUGCUAUAAUGUCUAACAACUUUGGAUACUUCAUCGAGGUAGAGAUAAAUUUGAAAUAGUCCAGAUGACAGACAUUGAUCUCUUCAUUUUUUAAUGUGCUCCUAAAGUUUUCAAUAUAUAGAUUCGAUCAGGGCUCUUGGUACGAGGCAACUGUGUUUUGGUGAUGUAUAUUUACAUUGCAACUUUCGUGUUUUAGAAAUUUGAGGGAAAGAUGAAUUUUCUUCAUUUAUAAAUGAUCAUUUGAAAUUA